UAUCCGCCAGCUAGCAAGUUUCUGAAAAAAAAAAAAAAUCUUCAGAUAGUUGUGAGCUGAUUGAAUACUUUCUGUAAACGUGGACUAUCCUGGAUGCUAGUGAUGUUAUAUCCAUAAUACAAAUCACAAUUAAUAUCAACUGUAUAACAGCACUCCAGUUGUCAGUUAUCAUACGAAUAAAUACAAGUUGUCUGAUCUGUUAGAUUACGUUAGCUGUUAGCGGAUUGGCGUCAGUCUUGGCUGUUUGACGCUCGGCAGAAACACCAUGAAACUCUACAGUCUGAGCGUUUUGUAUAAAGGCUCGACGAAGGCCAACCUUCUGAAGGCGGCGUAUGAUCUAUCAUCAUUCAGUUUCUUCCAGAGAUCCAGUGUGCAGGAGUUUAUGACAUUCACCAGCGCACUGAUUGUUGAGCGCUCAGCGUUAGGAAGCCGUGCGUCUAUCAAAGAGCAAGAGUACUUGUGUCACGUGUACGUGCGGAAUGACAGUCUCGGUGCUGUUGUGAUCGCAGACAGUGAAUAUCCCUCCAGAGUCUGCUUCACUUUACUUGAUAAGGUGCUGGAUGAGUUCUCCAGACAGGUCAACAGUACAGACUGGCCGUCUGGUUCUCCAGCAACCGUUCAGUACACCGCACUGGACAGCCAUCUGGCUAAAUACCAGAAUCCACGUGAGGCUGAUGCUAUGACCAAAGUGCAAGCAGAACUGGAUGAAACCAAAAUUAUUUUGCACAGCACAAUGGAGUCGCUGCUGGAGAGAGGAGAGAAGCUGGAUGAUUUAGUUCAGAAAUCUGAGCAUCUGGGAAACCAAUCAAAAGCCUUUUAUAAAACGGCACGCAAGCAGAACUCGUGCUGCGAGAUCAUGUGAUCGUGAUCAAGUCUCUGAUUGGACUGGACUCUUCGGCCACAUCUCUUCUCUGGUUUUCUAUUUUUCCCCCUCUCUGUCUCUCUGUCCUGGUGUAUGCUGGUGCUUUUAUCAAGCAGCAGUAAUAAUGAAGGCACGAAACGGCCGAUCUGACGAAAUACAAUAACGGGCUCCGAGGGGGCUGAUUUCCCAUGAUGCACCACACUCACUCUGCCAUUGGUUUUCAUGUUGUGUGAGAACUUUGUUUUCUUCUCGACGGUUCCUCAGGGUCUGGCACAAGCUCGAAACAGAUCCGGAUGAAGCAUAGAGGGGUUCGAGUCAAACGUCCCCGCUGUGCCUUACUUGUGUGUUGAUAUCAAACCGCUGAAUUAGCCUUAUCUCAACGGAGGACAUGCGAGUGAAAAAGCUGCAAUCUCUGUAUUUCGACUCAUUAUUUGGCGCCUUGUAGAGUGUACAUGUAGCGUGAUUUUUUUUUUUAAAGAUGUGAAAACAGUAAAUAAUGUGUUAAUUAUUGAUGUGUUCAUAACAUCCUCAAUAUUGUGUGUAAGUGACUGAUCAAAUUAAAUGUUUGUGUGCAAUUCUAAUGCUUUUUCCUCUUGAAGGUGUAAAUACAUUACUGAAUGGUAUUGGCUUUGGUUUCCUGCAUCGAGAGUCGUGAUUGCAAUUUGGAUUUUAAUACUUAAGAAACAUUCCUUCAAUAUGUUCAGCUGGUGGUUGAUAAUGUACAAGUGUCGUGGUGUUUGAGUGGAAAUAAUAAAGCCUUAAAGUGUG